UUUAAUAUUGAAGGAUGGGAGCGGUCCUCAAGCUUCUUAAAGAGAAAAGGGUUAAGAACUCCGUUUGCUUGAAAGGAACCGGAGGCCCUGCUUUGCUUGUUCGGCUUAGGCGCGCUCUUGGCGCACGGCCCGCCCCUUUCCCUCCCAAGUCCUUCUUCCACGCGUCCCACGUUUUGUACUUGCGAAAAAGACCGGAAGGUGCUGAGAAAAUGGCUCGGGAUUUGAUCUGGCUCGCUGCAGUAUCCCUUCUUUCUGCCUGCCAGCAAUGUCACUUUGCUUGGCUUGUGGGAAGAUCAAGAAUGAAGCACAAGAUCAUGCCGCCAACCAUCUCUGGGCCACCAGAAUUUGAGAGGACGUUCCGUGCUCAGCAGAACUGCGUGGAGUUUUACCCUGUCUUCCUAGCGACCUUGUGGAUUGCUGGAUGGUUUUUCAAUCAAGAAAUAGCUGCAAUUGUCGGUCUGAUAUAUAUGUUUGCACGUCAUAAAUACUUCUAUGGCUAUGCAGAAUCUGUGAAAGGAAGGUUAAAAGGUUUUUAUUUGACUGUGGUGGUUUUAAUGUUCCUGAUUGUCUUGGGCACAACAGGAAUUACAAAUAGCUUUCUGGAUGAAUACUUGGACUUCAAUAUAGGAAAGAAACUACAUAAACUGAUCUAAAGAUUCUUCUUUUACAUAAAUCAAGUAGAUGCUUCUCUUAGCUAUCGAAAAGGAAGAUAAGCGAGGGUUAAUUUGCAAACAGUCUGAUUUUUUUUCACUAGCAUUCCCUUGCAGUGCAAAAUGUAUGACUUUCCUGAAUUUGUUUACUUUCAUCCAUGCAGAAACAGUCUGUCAGAUUGACAGAGAGACUAUUUAAAAUGCAUGUAUAUUUUUGAGAUUCCUGUUUAAUAUUCUGCUUUCAGACAGGCAGUAGUGCACAACAACAGCAAACUUUUAACCAUCUAGAAAUCGAGACACCAAAAUAUGAGCAGUUGUACAGCGCACACAGCUCGUAUUGAACUUGGCUAACGUUCCUCUAUUCUUCAUCUUUGUUUUUAAUUUACAUGUUUGUAUUGAUUUGGAACGUCUGUGAUGCCUACGAAUGCUUGGGACGGGAAGUUUAGGGAGGAGGGAAACGGCUGCAGAGGACCUCGUGCCACUUGAGAAACUGAGCCAUCCGGAUGAAGUAGAUCGUCCAGAGUUUUGUCCUAGGCCUGUUCAGACUUCUCAUAUACUGAGAGUAAUAGUAGUAUCAUCUAAAACAGUCAAAAGUUUACUGGCAUACGGUUUUCUUUUUUAAAUAAAUGAUUCCAGUAAUUUAAACUAUCAUACUGCUGUAUUCUACAUUAGUUAACCUGAAAUAAAGGCUACUAGAAAGUGACUCCUGGACAACUAUCACGGUUCUAAAUUAGCGGACCUGUUUCAUCUAGGCACAUGUAUUGAAAAAGUAAACAAAUUCAACAGGCAGCAGUUGUCCCACUAAGAUGUGAUGUGGCCAUAGCUGAGGCAGGCGCCCCUGGAAUUCUGGCAUCCCAGACCGCUGUCCACAUAGCCUGUCUGGUUAGCCCAUCCUUGUCUUAAACUGAUUUCAAGUAAAUGGGAUUUUGUGGUGGAAGAGAAGACCAUAGAUGACUUAUAAUUUAGAUGACUUAUAAUUUUAAUAAAAAUGAGAAUUUUCUGAGAAUCAAGGCUUGAGUCUGUUCUUGGUUUAAUUAGUUUUUAGUUUUGUACUGUGAGUGGUGGGAGGGAAAGAGUGAGCAUGAGGCCAAAGACUGAUGUCAGAUAAAAACAAGAUGUGAAGCAGUCUGUGCCAGGCUCUAUAAUGAAACUGUCAGACAAGCAUCACAUCCAUCAGUCUGGGCCACCCUGCUUGCUCUCUUGCUUGCUGCUGCUGCUGCUGCCACCGCCAUAGUUAUUCUUGAAGGAACCACCUAUAUUUAACUGGAAAGAGCAUAUGGUUUACAUCUGUACACUGAACCUUCCCACACACCACAUCAUGAAAAUAUUGGAUAGGUGACUCAGCAUGCCUUGGACAUUGGGGAGCACUGCAUGUGACUGUGUGUGUAUGUGUUACCUCCCUGACAAGUGACUUUUCUUUGAUUAAAAUGGGAAUUCCUCCUCACUCCUCCUCUGUCCCUGUCUUCAUUGAGAGAGUUUCAGGUGGGUGUUGAUCUGCAGUAGAAGAGUCUAAUAGUAGUCAUGUCUAGUAGUAAAAGGCCAAUGAGAAUUGCAGGGUAUGAGCUGUCAGAGCUUUGACUCUGAAAAGCUAUGAUGUUCCCUCAUCCUUAAAUCAGAGAAACGGCACUGGAGGUGUUUUUAAAAUUCCAAAAAUAACUUAAGUAGUUUAUUUACAUUAGAGGAGAAAGGUCAGGUGAUGUCAGGGGUUGCAAAUUUCUGACGUAAAAUUCAGAAUAUGCACAGACUUCCCUUCUUAUGCUCUUCACUGUUACUUUUUAAAAUAUUUUUAUUUCAAUUAUUAACAAAACUGUUUACAAUAUGAAAUACAACAUGGAUAAAUUGUUAAAAACUACAUAACAGAGAAAGGUUAAACAUGGAAAGACAAAUUCAAGUUGAAUGAUCUGAUAUAUUUUGGAUUAUAGAUUCAGGAUUGUUUGGUAUAUUUUAUUGGGAGGAUAUAGAUUUUCUUUAGAAAUGUAUUCAAAAAAAGGGAACCAUUUUUCCAUAAAAUUUGUUGUUUGGGGGAAAUUUUCAGCUUGAUAGAUUCCAUCAUUGAUUUUUUCAAAUAAAAAAUGGUCCCAUAUUUUAGAAUACUAACUGGUAAUUCUCUUCACUGUUA